UUCAGAUUAAAAGGGGAACAAAAGUCAAUCACUAGGUGGGGUCUCAGAUAGCAUGCUCUGGGUUCCUUCCUACACAUCAUUUUAACUGUUCCCAGGUAACCACUGUGCUGCCCAGGGUGGGACACAUGCACCCUAGAGUAAUUGCUGGGAGUUUACUACUCAUGUGAACAGCUUCAGCACAAGAGAGAGUUACAGAAAGAGCAAAGGUUUAGUUAAAUGCAUGCACUAGAGGAUUUUAAUAACAAUCUUUUUUCUUUCUUCAAAUCUAGGUUUUAAAAGAGAAGAGAUAUAAUAGAGGAGUAGACUGGUGGGCAUUAGGGAUCAUCGUAUCUAAAAUGGCAUGUGGGACCUCACCAUUCAUAGAGUACGGCAACAGUACAGAAUGCCGUUUGUCGAUUCUUCUUGAACAGCCAUGCAUUCUGAUAAGGUUCAGCCCCGAAUUGCAAGAUCUCCUGCGAAUGCUCCUGAAGAAAAAUCCAAAAGAACGACUGGGCUGCAAUGGAAAUAUUCGGGAGCACCCAUUUUUUAAUGCCAUUGAUUGGGUGCAAAUAGAAAACCGGACUCUACCACCUCCUUCCCAGCCAAAAGCAGUAAGUACAUGACUACAUGUGUUUUGGUAGGCUACUGCUUAUUAUGAAUAGGCACUUAUCUUGAAAUCUCUAGAUGUUUGUGUUUUAAUACAUAUUCAGGGCUAGAGACCCGUGUCUUCCUGUACUACAGUAUCUAUCUACAUAGCCGGUUAGGACUAGGCCUAGGUUUAUUAACUCUGUGGGAAACGCUCAAUGGCAUUCCACAACAAAUACAAUUGCACUUAAUAUUUUGUAUUGUACUAUUG